GUCACGCGCCGAGUCUCUGGAGUCGCCGGCGGCUGCGGGGCACCCGACAGGUGGCAGCCCGCGGGGGCCGGGCCGGGAUGAGCCAUGGCAUCGGUCAAGGUGGCCGUGAGGGUCCGGCCCAUGAAUCGCAGGGAAAAGGAUUUGGAAGCCAAGUUCAUUAUUCAAAUGGAGAAAAGCAAAACAACCAUCACAAACUUAAAGAUACCAGAAGGAGGAACUGGGGAUUCAGGAAGAGAACGGACCAAGACCUUCACCUAUGACUUUUCUUUUUAUUCUGCUGAUCUAAAAAGUCCGGAUUAUGUUUCACAAGAAAUGGUUUUCAAAACUCUUGGCACGGAUGUUGUGAAAUCUGCAUUUGAAGGUUAUAAUGCUUGUGUCUUUGCAUAUGGGCAAACUGGAUCGGGAAAGUCAUACACUAUGAUGGGAAAUUCUGGUGAUUCUGGCUUAAUACCUCGGAUCUGUGAAGGGCUUUUCAGUCGGAUAAAUGAAACCACUAGAUGGGAUGAAGCAUCUUUCCGAACUGAAGUCAGCUACUUAGAAAUUUAUAAUGAACGUGUGAGAGAUCUACUUAGGCGAAAGUCAUCCAAAACCUUCAAUUUAAGAGUCCGUGAACAUCCAAAAGAAGGACCUUAUGUUGAGGAUUUAUCCAAACAUUUAGUACAGAAUUACCGUGAUGUAGAAGAGCUUAUGGAUGCAGGAAAUAUCAAUCGUACCACAGCGGCGACAGGGAUGAACGACGUCAGUAGCAGGUCUCAUGCCAUCUUCACCAUCAAGUUUACUCAGGCAAAAUUUGAUUCUGAAAUGCCGUGUGAGACUGUGAGCAAGAUCCACUUAGUUGAUCUUGCUGGAAGUGAGCGUGCUGAUGCUACCGGUGCCACCGGCGUUAGACUGAAGGAAGGGGGCAACAUUAACAAGUCCCUCGUGACCCUGGGGAACGUCAUUUCUGCCUUAGCCGAUUUAUCUCAGGAUGCAGCAAACCCUCUUUUAAAGAAGAAGCAGCUUUUUGUGCCUUACAGGGAUUCUGUUCUGACUUGGUUGUUAAAAGAUAGCCUUGGAGGAAACUCUAAAACUAUCAUGAUCGCCACGAUUUCACCUGCUGAUGUCAAUUACGGAGAAACCCUAAGUACCCUUCGCUAUGCAAAUAGAGCCAAAAACAUCAUCAACAAGCCGACCAUUAAUGAGGAUGCCAAUGUCAAACUCAUCCGGGAGCUCCGAGCUGAAAUAGCCAGACUGAAAACGUUGCUUGCUCAAGGGAAUCAGAUUGCCCUCUUAGAUUCCCCCACGGCUUUAAGUAUGGAGGAAAAACUUCAGCAGAAUGAAGCAAGAGUUCAAGAGUUGACCAAGGAAUGGACAAAUAAGUGGAAUGAAACCCAAAAUAUUUUGAAAGAACAAACUCUAGCCCUUCGGAAAGAAGGGAUUGGAGUUGUUUUGGAUUCUGAACUGCCCCAUUUGAUUGGCAUUGAUGAUGACCUUCUGAGUACUGGAAUCAUCUUAUAUCACUUGAAGGAAGGUCAGACACAUGUUGGUAGAGAAGAUGCUUCAACGGAACAAGAUAUUGUUCUUCACGGCCUUGACUUGGAGAGUGAGCACUGUGUCUUCGAAAAUGUUGGGGGGACAGUGACUCUGAUACCCCUUAGUGGGUCCCAGUGUUCUGUGAAUGGUGUUCAGAUCAUGGAGGCCACACACCUAAACCAAGGUGCUGUGAUACUCUUGGGAAGAACUAAUAUGUUUCGCUUUAACCAUCCCAAGGAAGCCGCCAAGCUGAGGGAGAAGAGGAAGAGUGGCCUUCUGUCCUCCUUCAGCUUAUCGAUGACUGACCUCUCCAAGUCCUGUGAGAACCUCUCUGCAGUCAUGUUGUAUAACCCAGGUCUUUUCCCUAUAAAAGGACCCAUCUGCCUCAGACUUGAAUUUGAGAGGCAACAGCGUGAAGAACUUGAAAAACUAGAAAGUAAGAGGAAGCUCAUAGAAGAAAUGGAAGAAAAGCAGAAAUCUGACAAGGCCGAACUGGAGCGGAUGCAGCAGGAGGUGGAGACACAGCGCAAGGAGACAGAAAUCGUGCAGCUCCAGAUCCGCAAGCAAGAGGAGAGCCUCAAACGCCGCAGUUUCCAUAUCGAAAGCAAGCUAAAGGAUUUGCUGGCUGAGAAAGAGAAGUUUGAAGAGGAAAGGCUGAGGGAGCAGCAGGAAAUUGAGCUGCAGAAGAAGAAGCAAGAGGAAGAGCACUUCCUCCGUGUCAAAGAAGAGCUGCAGCGUCUCCAAGAGCUCAACAGCAAUGAGAAGGCUGAGAAGAUUCAGAUAUUUCGAGAACUGGACUGGCUCAAAAAGGAGAAAGAGGAACAGUAUGCCAAGCUCGAGUUGGAAAAGAAGAGACUGGAGGAACAAGAAAAGGAGCAGGUCAUGCUUGUGGCUCAUCUGGAAGAGGAGCUCCGAGAAAAGCAAGAGAUGAUCCAGCUCCUCCGGCGUGGGGAGGUCCAGCGCGUGGAGGAAGAGAGGAGGGACCUGGAGGACAUCCGGGAGUCCCUCCUGCGGGUUAAGGAAGCACGAGCUGAAGGGGAGGAUGAUGUGGAGGAACUAGAAAAGGCCCAGCUGCAUUUCUUAGAGUUCAAGAGACGGCAGCUCGUCAAGCUGGCGAACUUGGAGCAGGACCUGGUUCAGCAGAAAGACCUCCUGAAAAAAGAGGUCAAAGAAGAGCAGGAAACCCUAGAGCGUUUAAAAUGGGAAACUGAAGACGAAUUUAGGUUGUUGGAAGAAAAUAAUGGUAGUGUCACAAGUGUCACCCAGGUGGCUGAAGAUUUAGAGAAAAUGAAGCCAGUGGAGUACAGGCUGCAAUAUAAAGAACGCCAGCUACAGUACCUCCUGCAGAAUCAUUUGCCGACUUUGUUGGAAGAAAAGCAGAGAGCGUUUGAAAUCCUGGACAGAGGCCCCCUUGGCUUAGACAACACCCUUUAUCAAGUAGAAAAAGAAAUGGAAGAAAAGGAAGAACAGCUUGCACAAUACCAAGCCAAUGCCAGCCAGCUGCAGAAGCUCCAAGCCACAUUUGAAUUCGCUGCCAAUAUUGCACGUCAGGAAGAGAAAGUGAGAAAAAAGGAAAAGGAGAUCCUCGAGUCGCGGGAGAAGCAGCAGAGGUUGGCACUGGAGCAGGCCGUGGCCCAGCUGGAGAGGAGGCACUGCGCCCUGCAGAGGCGCUCCACGCUGGGCAUGGAGAUCGAAGAGCAGAGGCAGAAGCUUGCAACUCUCAACAGCCGCAGCAGUGAGCAGUCGGGGCUCCAGGCCACCCUGGAAGCUGAGCAGGAAGCCCUUGAGAAGGACCGGGAGAGACUAGAACAUGAAAUCCAGCAGCUGAAGCAGAAGAUCUGUGAGGUUGAUGGUGUUCAGAAGGCCCACCAUGAUGUCCUGGAGAAGAGGGCUCCUUCCUCUGGCCUGCCACCCAGCACUGAAAAAUCUCAGGCUCACCUACACCCUCUGACGGACGCCAGGAUCAAUGCUUACAUCGAAGAAGAAGUCCAGAGACGUCUUCAGGAUUUGUAUCGUGUGAUUAGUGAUGACAGCAGUACACCUGCAGACAUGACAAAGGAUAAUGAGAAACUUCACAAUGGCACCAUUCAACGUAAGCUAAAAUAUGAGCGGCUGGUUUCUCGCUCUUUGGGAGUAAAUCCAGACGACCUGAAGGACCCAAUUAAAAUUAGUAUUCCACGCUAUGUUCUCUGCGGGCAAGGAAAGGAUGAGCACUUCGAGUUUGAGGUGAAGAUUACUGUCCUAGACGAGACGUGGACCGUAUUCAGGCGUUACAGUCGGUUUCGAGAAAUGCAUAAAACACUGAAGUUAAAGUAUGCAGAGCUGGCUACCCUUGAAUUCCCCCCAAAGAAACUAUUUGGAAACAAGGAUGAACGUGUGAUUGCUGAGAGGCGAAGUCACUUAGAGAAAUACCUCAGGGACUUUUUCAGCGUGAUGCUCCAAUCUACAACAUCCCCCCUACACAUCGACAAAGUGGGGCUGAUUCUUUCAAAACACACCAUUUGCGAGUUCUCGCCGUUCUUCAAGAAAGGAGUCUUUGACUACAGCAGUCACGGGACGGGGUAGAGCUGGGGGGACAGAGGAACCUCAAACGCAGUGCCUUCUUGUCCGAGCGGACCUCGGGAUCCAGGCAGCGCCGCGCGGUCCAGCCGCCCAGCUGAAGACAGAUGGCCACGGCGGGCCUGUGCCUCACCCUGAUCCUCAUACCUAGUGCCUGAUUUGGGGGUGGGAUGGGGGCCCUGACGGGCGGCUCUCACUGUUCCAUUGCGGUUGAAUGUGGCCUUUUCCCAUAGUGCUUCCUUCUCUUUGUGCAGUGGAGGCCGUCCUCGUGGCAGGAUGGAUGCGGAUUGAUUGCCCAGGGCCCCCUCGCGCCCCCCAGCCAAGCCCAGCCAACCCGGACCUUCCAAAGUGGGUGGCUUCCCAGGCCACCCCGAAAGGCCUUUCAUCUGGUUUUCUCUUUCAACAAAAUACACUUUUAUUUUUUAUAUUCCUUCCAUGUGGUGGGCUGUCUCCCAAGAAAAGCAUUCUAAAUGACUUCAUUGUAUUUUUUUUUCCUCCCUUGUUUGGAUCAGAACUUUGUAUAAUACCAAAACACUGAUGUUUACACAGAAUUUCAUAUUCUGCAAAAGGGAUUUUCGGUCCAAUCACAACUGGAGUCUUCCAUGCUUGACAAAUUGGAUGUAGGUGGCAUCACGUAGACAUCCAUAAAUCCAUAUAAAUAGGAUAUUUGUCUAACUUUGAAUAUUCAAAAAGUUUCUCAAAUGGAAAUGGCUACUGUGCAUUCUUUAGCUUUCUCUGCUAAGCACAAAAUGAGCGCAUAGCUGAAUGCAUAUUUUUAAAUAUUAUUUUGUUCACUUUUUUGGUUACAGAAUCUACUGGAUCUUUAGCUAAAAAAAACUAGAAUUUACAAUAGUUUAUUAAUGAUCCCUUAUAUUACUCAGGACUCAAUGUAGCAUUGCACAUUGUACAGUAAAACUGCUUUGUUUUACUAAAGAGAAAAAUGUGAAUAGAAAAAAUAUAUAUGUGGUAUAUAUUAAAAUGUAUAUAAUUCUGUCUAUAGAUUUAUAUAUGUACACAUUCCUGUACAAUAGUAGUAUCAAAAUAUAUAAUCAUUCACACCAAAUUUAUUAAAGGUAUUUGCUUUUACAAAAUGUAAAUUGAGCUGUUAAUCAAUAUUAAAUGAAGUUACAGAAUCUACCCUGUUCAGUUUAUUUGGUGAUGUGAUCACUUCUGUUGGCCUCUUUAAAAAUUGAUUUAAUGUGAUUGGAAGGAUGCAUAAUGUAUAAUUUAGUAGAAAAUGCAGUCAGAGUAAUGACUAAAGUCACAAGUUGAAUAGGUAACAAAAACAAGUUUUCAUUCAGUCUUCUAGAAUGUGUCUGUGUGACGGCUCUCCAACCUGAAAAAUAUGUUUAAGGGUGUAAUUAUCCUUAAAGGCAGAAAACUGAUUGCAAUAAUUAAAUAUCAUCAUACUUUAGCAUAAAAAAAUUUGGACUUUUUAAAAAAUUGCUUCAGGAAGUACUGCUGUGGUCUACAACUGUGAUUACAGGCAUAGGUUUAGGGGCAAUGAUGCUAGAGAGUUUAAACCUAGAGAUUCAAGGAUGAAAGCUGGGGAGAUAAUAAUUAACCAUAGGUCAUUUAUUUAAAAGGAGUCAAAGCUCUAAAGAUUGUCCCUCAUUUGCUGAGUAAACUAAAUGGUUUUUUUGAGCUGGCCAGAUAAUCUGUCUCCUGCCCUUUUGGACCCUUAUCUGAGCCUGGUCUCCUGGCAAGCAUUUUGUUAAAAUCACACAGGAUACAAUAAUAACUUGGCAAGAAUAAAUGGACCUGUGUUUGCAAGAAAGGCAGGAACCAGAGGAUCCUUUGCUUCCAAGCCCCAUUUUCAGAAAUUAUGGUUGAGUUUUGGAGUCUGAGUAUUAGUACUGGCUCUGGCUAAAAGCGGCUAUAACACAAGGCGAGUCACUUCAGCUCUGUCCGACUCCCAUCUGAAAACAAAGCUUUUGCACUAAAUGAUCUCUCAGUUCCAGCCCAGCCCACAGUUAUAGCAGAGGAAUGAGCCAGUCUGACUGGAUCAGUUAUAGUCCCUGGUGUGUAGGAUGGGAAAUGCAGACUUCCAGUCUGACACAAAGACCGUUUAAGCAGAAUAAAACAUGAGGGAAUGUUGAAAAAGCAAGUGAAAAGUCUCGUCUAAACAAAUAAUGGGAUGCCUUUCUGGAAUGAAGAUAAAACUGAGGAUGACAAAAUUGAAGCGUCCUUAAUUUGGGAUAAUACAAACAAGUAAACGUUUGCAAAUGUGUAUUUUAUGACUUUCAGGUGCAUCAAAUAAUAAAGCAAUGCUAAACAGUCCAUAUUAGUUCAUUCAAACUGAUUUGCCAUUAACUUAUAAAUAUUUUUGUAGGCAAACAGACAAAUCUAAGGGAUUUAAAUGGAAUUUUUUAUUUAAC